AUGGCCAUGAAUAUCAUCAAGGUCAAGAUCAGAUCUUUAUGGCUAAUAUUCCCAGAACAUCCAUUACUGAAGGUCAUCAAAUAUUUCAGCCAGAUUUGGCGGAAACCUUUGCAUAGCAUAACAGUGUGUCCAAAUGCAUUCGGUGAAAGCUCAGCUUCAUCCACUAAGGCCAAAGAUUCAGCGCGUAAAUUCCCUACUCAUAAUCAAGUGUCGUCACGCUGUAAACCCUCUGCCCUCCUGCCUCCCCGGACUGUUUCACUUCCAAAACAUUCCCCUGCUCAAAUUUUCUGUGCUGCAUUGAAAAAUAGGUCUAUUGCUCGUUCAGGUCCCAAUGCUGUAUCAUUAUGUAUGUAUCAGAGCAAUGGGAGGUCUUGUCUUACGCUGUGCUGCACAGAGGUAUCCAGACUCAGAUUGCAGGCGGUUUUAAGAGAUGGCACAACGCCGCUGAUCCUCGCCGCCGCCAACAGCCACGCGCUCGUGAAGGAGCUGCUGGACCAAGGCGCCGAACCCAACGCCACCAGACAUACGGGGACUGGGGCGUUGUUCUUCGCUGCCCAGGGCGGCUUCCUCGACAUCGUCACCAUCUUGCUCGAUAAUGGCGCCAAAAUCAACCAGGCCUCGAAGGACGGCGGAACUGCGCUCAUCGUGGCAGCGCAGUGCGGUCACCUGGACGUUGUGACCGAGCUGCUGCGACGCAACGCCGACCCCAACAGCGCCAUGAAGGACCGAGCCACCGCGGUCUUCGUCGCAGCACAGAACGGCCACACCAGCGUCGCCAGGACUCUCCUCAACGCCGGGGCCAAGGCCAACGUGAGGCGGUUGGACGGCGCUAGCCCACUGUGGAUUGCGUCACAAAUGGGACAUCAAGGUGUUGUGCGUCUACUACUGAGUCAUGGUGUCAACCCAGAUAUCUGCAGACACGAUGGAGCAACACCUUUGUUCAAGGCUGCCCACAAGGGACAUGUGGAGGUUGUCCAUGAGCUGCUUCCCUAUAAGCCUUGUCUGGGUCUCCUAAGGAAUGGAGAAUCUGCUCUGCAUGCAGCAGCAUUGUAUGGUCAUGUCCGAGUCUUAACACUGGUGCAAGCAGGUGCUGACCCCGGCCUCAAGAAUGAUCAGGGUCUUACCCAAUCCAGAUUGCUGCUCAGGCUCGACACCCAGAGGCCUUCCUUAGGUACUAUUGUAGAAACCAGCCCAGUACUGCCGCGCUCUGUAAGCUCUCCAAGUAACUCGCGUCCUGCCCAGUAUGUUUCAUGUGAAUUGGUAACAUUGUGGAUGGUGGAGCACGUCCAAGAUGCCAUGGAGAUGCGAAAGAGCCAGCUAGCUGUGUUGACCGGGCUUGUCCUCGUGGUCCAGCUGGGGUGCGACGCGAAGCCCCAGUCCGUCCAGGUCAACAACCAGGCCCUGUUCACCCUGGGGGCGGUGGCGCUCGCGGCCGGCCUGGGGUACCAUUUCGGCCAGAAGUCGACCAACAACCGCAGGCCGCAGAGCCAGUUCCAGAACCAAGCCUUUGUCCCAGGAUUCUUCCGUCGACGUCGCCAGGCAGAGCCAGAGAAUGAGUUGGAUCCCCUGGUGACGAAGCUCUUCAAGAUGGCUUUGGACAAGGACUCGAACAACUGCAGUCUCCGCCUAACCUGCAAGAUCGGCACCAAGCCCCUGGCAUCACUCAGCGGUCACGCCAGGAACCUCUUCGGCGUUCUGAGCAAAGAAAACGAAAAGCCUGUCGCGAUUGCCAAGGACGAGUUCGAAGGCAUCGACGCUUACAAGGUGGCCCUCAACCUCGGUCGUGACGGCGGCGACUGCGACCAGCUCUUCCCUCGCUGCCCGUCGACCUCCGGCCAGCUUAUGGACGUCUUCCAAAACCUCCAAGUCUCUCCCAACUAAACAUUAACAAAAUUUUCAUUUCUUUUCUUGAGAAAUUAGCUCUCCGAGUCCUCUCUUCAAGCCAGGCACCCCCGCUGGUGUUUCGAAGUCCCCGGUUUCCCUAAAAGUCAUAUUUACCUUCCAAGGGUUUUUGCCUUCUGAAGAUCUUUGGUCUGCGAGUCCUACCUCAAUACCACGAAAUGAACUCAAGGAAACUGCGUGCUUGUUCAGUCUUCUUAAAUUUAGCAAAAUGGAUUUACAGCCUUGUGUUUCAACUACCCAAUACUUCGCAGCAAAUUUCAACCAGGUAUCGAAGUCCGCUUGUAUAUAAGUUCUAGCUUCAAUUUCCUAGACUUUCGAGAUAUCUCAGGAGUGUCAUGCGCUUUUCAACAUAGAAUGAUGUUUAUUUAUAGUAAAUAUUGUAUAUUUAUCA